AUGUUACUUUACAACAAAUUUCUUAUUUUUUUAAUAUUAAUUAAUUUAAAUAUAAUUUAUGGGUCACAUAACAUAAAUGUGGUUGGGUUUACCGGCAAUAGCGGCCAAUAUGUGAGAGGGCCAAACCACCCUAGGUUCCUACAGGCAAACCCAAAUGUUGAGAAGGAUAAGGAACCGACUUUCUUCUCCUUACUAUUUCACCCUAAAGUAAAAGAAGCUUCUAUGGAUAUAGGAAUGGAAGAUUCAAACGUGGGUGUUAUGAAGACAAUUGGCACGAAUGAAGAAGAGGACCAUAUAAAUGAAUUGCUGAAUGAAUUGGAGGAAAACGAGCAGAAUCAAGUUAACUAUUUCUACAAUAAUUUUGACUUGCAAAAUGCCCAAUUAAAAGAAAUCUCUAAACUGUUUUAA